GCUCGACGUCAAAGGAAAACAGCAGAUCAAGAUUUGUGUGAGAUGAUUUGUCCGUCUCUAUGAUGGACUUCCGUUUUGUUGUGCUAUUAUUAUCUCUGUGUUUUCAUUGGUCAAAUCAGUCGACGAACGUAGCCCCGCCCCCUGACAUCAUGCUCUCGACGAUCGAUGUGGAGGUGAACGAGAAGGAGGACAGGCAGAUUGACCUGCACGGGGGCGCGCUGGUCACGUGUGCGGACGACGACCCCUCCCGGGCGUACAUCGCCACUGUGACGCCCAGCUCCCCCUGUGGGAAGAAAUGUUUUCAGCUGCAGCCCUGUGGAGGCGCCGGCAACGCUUCAGAAUUCUGCCUGUAUUUCCUACCAAGCGAGGGGUCCCUCAACUACGUCUCCGCCCCCGCCUACACGCUGAGCAUUGGCUGCACUGAUGACGUAGAACCGACGUCAUUCAAGACCAUGACGGUGACCGUGGUGCCAAACACACCCCCAGUCUUCGUCCCAGCCACGCCCUUGACUGCCAGUGUGACCGUGGAUGGGUCAGCGACCAAAGCCGGCACUGUACUCUAUGACGUCAACGCCAACGACAUCGACGGCGACCCGAUCUACUACACAGCAACAUACAGCCCGCUGACCAGCUACAUCAGCACAGGCCUAACAAAUGGCGAGAUUCGCGCCACAAAUGACCUCAAGUACGUCUGCCAAAGUUCCAUCACGGCUACCAUCAAAGCCACCGACAACUACAACCCGCCCAUCACAAAAACUGUGGAGAUCACACUCAAUCCCCACAACACGCCCCCCACCAUCACCAACCUGGACACCACCAUCCCAGUGGAAGAGAACUCUGGCGCGCUAAAAACCGUUCUGACGCUCGGCAUGGUAGACGACGGCAUCGGCACCGUCUCCUGCAAGAUGUCGUCGGUCUCGGACGCCGGACUGGAGAUGUACAAGCUGGUCAUGCCCGGCUACCAGCUCCAGACGAAAAUUGACCCCAACUACGAGAGGUCAGACACCCGCAGUGUCAAACUCUACUUCGACUGCACGGACGGGUACUGCUCCUCCCCCACCUACUCGCUCACCCUAAACGUGCAGAACAUCAACGAGCAGUGCUCGCUCACACCCUCAGUUCGCAGCGAAAUCAAAGUGUAUGAGGGCGAUAUUGUGGCAGACACCGGCGUGACCCUGUACGACCAGGACAUUGGCGACACCCACGUCUACACGAAAACCUCAGGCCCCAACGAGUUUAAUGUGGACCCAGGGUCGGGCAGUAUCGUGUCCACGUCUACCAUAGACAUUGACAAGAACACACAGGUCAAGUACUACACAGUCGGGUACAAGGCCACGGACAAGGGCGGUCUGUCCUGUACAGCGACCGUGACCUUGGCCGUGUACGACGCAAACGACAACCCGCCCUACUUCACCAACAGCCCCUACACCAUGGCUGCCACAGAGUGUACGGAGUUAGGGAGUGUCAUUGGCCGUGUGAGUGGUGACGACGAUGACUCGCCCUACCAGAGCAACGACAAGUUCACGUUUGGAGGGGGCGGGGACAAGAUGGCCGUCAUGUCCAACGGCAAUGUCGUGCUGACCCAGCCGUGCAUCGACGGGGAGUACUCGUCAGGUACAGCCACUAUUGUCGACCAAGGGGAAUACCCGGGGCCGCUGUCGGGGAUACCUGCCACCAUAACCAUGACAUGUGGGCCCUGCCCGCCAACCACGCCAGCACCUACGCCAGCGCCAGUCGUCACCACCAAAGCACCCACCACGGCAGCACCAAUCACCACCACCAAGAAGGCUACAUCGACCUCUAGCAGCAGUGACCGUAUCGCUGACCUCAUGGCGUGGGUCAUCCCAGCCGCCAUUGGUGGGCUGAUCUGGCUGGCCCUGACGGCCUACUUCAUCUACCGCUAUUGCUUCCCUUGCCGGAAUCCAUGCGCGGGACGAUGCGCGCGCAAGCCAAAGGUCCCCAAACUAAAGCCCAAGCCUGAACCAAAACCACCGAAACCCCAGAAGCCGAAGCAGGUGGCGCCACCACCUCCACCCCCGCCACCUAAAGUUGUAACCCCUCCUCCCCCGCCACCACCCCCUGAACCAAAACCCGACCCAUAUUUGUUUGGCUUCUGGAAAGAACAAUACACGGACCAAGACCACCAGACCCAGCAGCCCGUGCGGGCCUCCAAGCCUCAGCCAAUCGAGAACAUGCCCCCAGCUGAAGUGGUACCCAGGGGCAACGCCGUACCCCCGGAGUACUUGAAACUCGGCAAUCCGGGCCCAGGACAGAUGAACCCCCCAGCGGCGCCCGCAAAACCCCCCGUUGUAGCCCAGGCGGCUCCCAAAAACAAAACCUGCAUCAUCUUGUAAAAAGUUUCCGGCUUGUUAAAUAAUUUAAAAAAUGGAGUUGUUGAACAUGAGGAUUACCUCCCUUACCCUACCAAAUGCUAAGUGAAGAAAAUGUCGCUCGUUAAAAUUGUAAUUAUUUUGUUUUAUAUAUUUAAACACUUUUACUAUUUUUAUACAUAUUGAUAUACAUACAUCUAAUCUACGUAAAAUUUCAACAUAAUGUUUAGUUGUUGUUUUUUUAAAUAAGGUAUAUAAAUAUCGAUAUUUCACGAGGAAAAAUGUCUCUUAAAAAUACAUUUAAAUAAAUACAAGUAUAUAUAUAUAUAUAUAUAUAUAUAUAUAUAUAUAUAUAUAUAUAUAUAUAUAUAUAUAUAUAUAUAUAUAUAUAUAUAUAUAUAUAUAUAUAUAUAUAUAAUGUAUCUGGGCUUAUAUAUGUAACUAUACAUAUACAUACUUAUUUGUCGCUGCCAAUGUUGUUAGCUUUUAAGCAUUUUAAUUUUAGCUCUAAUAUUUAGACAAUUUUUUUUGUAAAAUUUAUUAAUGUAUCAUGUCAGGUGUUAUUCACCUAUUUAAUUUAAGUUCGCUCUACAUCUUGGCGUUGACGACUGACAGUAUCAAACUAGAAUCUAGAACCAGUGCCUUAGUCUGCUUUUAUAAAUUUUAAAAAUAAAAAACUGUUUUUGUAAAAUAAAUUUGUUUUCACACACGGAAGAAAUCUGACUACCACCACGUGAUUUCUAUUUUUAACUAUCCACGUCACCAAGAUUUUAGUUUGUCUUUCCGUGUGACGCUAGCCUGUUCAUGUUAACUCGUUAAAUAUUUUGACAUUGUUAACUUUUCAAAAAUUCAAUCUCCUUAAAGUUUAACCGUGUAGAAAUAAAAAUUUUGUAAGUAAACCGACAAAGAGAAAUUAAAUGCUCUGCACUAUCGAUUAUGUAAAUCGAUCUUUUAAUUCGUGUUGUAUAUGCCGUUUGUUGUAUGACAGGUGACCGUGUUGGGUCUGUCAUCUUUUGUAUGACGGGUGAAUCCUGAAAAGUUUUGUCAGCUGAAUCAAAAGUCACUGACAAAAAUCGAUGAUCAAUAUUGAACUCGUGUUUUCGUAAUGCCCUUAUAGAACAUACCAUUGAACAUUUACAGGUUAUAAUGUAUGCCUACGGUUGGGUUAAAAAAAAUACGCAUUUUCGAGUACACAGAAAACCGGUCAAUUUAUGAAACCCUCCCCUCAAUAGGAAGUGUAUGUGUGUGUGUGUGAACGUGUCGAUCCAAGGGCCUCAUCAGUAAAACACCGAGUUAAUUUAAUAUUAGAUUACAACAUAGUAGGCUAAACGGUGACUGCAGUUUUGACUUAGCACUGUACAUGUCUAAGGCCACUAUAUUCUUGAGGGUGUGGUGGGGGGGGGGGGAUAAGAAUGUGAAAACAAUGACUACAAACGUGUCGACCCAAGGGCCUCAUCAGUAAAAUACAGAGUUAAUUUAAUAUUAGAUUACAACAUAGUAGGCUAAACGGUGACUGCAGUUUUGACUUAGCACUGUACAUUAAAGCACGUCGUGUCUAGGGCCACUAAAUUCUUGAGGGGGGGGAUAGGAGGAGGUAAAUAUAUGACUUAUGAGUCCAGCCCAUGGGGCCUCGGUGUUCGAGUGCAGAACCAUGAAAUUAAAAUGAGUCACUGGAAAUAAGAUGAGCCAUAAUAAGGGAUGAGCCGCGGGUUUUAUGUUUAGAUGGGGGUUUAAGUAGCUAACAAUGGCGGACAGCGGUCGCUCAAGUUACCAUCAACACUGUCAGUGGUACAUGCUAAUGUUAACAACAUGAAAACUGUGAUAUAAGGUUAAAUGAUUUUUUUAAUCCAAAUAUACACCUAGAUCUAGUGAAAGAAGUAUGUAUGGCUGUUACAAUAUAUUUUGAUCGAAUAGUAUUAGUACGAUCGUUAUUUUAAAAGAACCACAUUUUUCUGUAAUAAAUAAUUUGUAAUCACAUAUUUAGAACAUUUUUUUAAAACGUGUUUUAAAGGUCGUUAGGGGGUUGUCCAUAACUGGCGUUUAGCACGCCCGGGGGUGGGGUAUCAGACUUUUGUGGCUGUGACGUGACGAUAGCGAGGUCAAGGAGUGUGAAGAGAGUAAAUUUUUUAUUUGUGCAGAAGAAAUUAGGAGAAAACCCGGUUAAAUUGUGUUAGAAUUAUUAUCAUGGAGAGGGGGAGGAACAUGGUCCUUUUCGGGAGGGGGGUGGGGGGAGGUCUUGCUUUUGGUGAAGGUGUGGUGUUUGUGGGGUAAAAAUAGGCUGAUACGUCAUUUAAGGACGACCCCUUUAUUUAUGUACUUAAGUUUUUCCUUUAAAAAAUUCCAUGGUAUCGUGUAAAGAACUAUAACACCAAAAUAUUUUUAAUUUUGACACGAAAACAUGCUUUUCCUUUGUUACUGCGUUUUGAAUUUUUUUUUAAAUCCUAAAAAAAUGUUUUUUUUGUUUUUUUGUGAUCGUUUGAAAUGUUUAUGCCAAAAUAUUGACCUAAAGAAACAUGAAAACAUGCUUUAAUUUGUUAGUACAUU